UUGUUUCAUUGGGUUGAGAUCUUGAAGCAAAUUUGAAGUUGGAUUAAUUUUAUGAGCACUGUGUCAAUAUGGGAAAACAAGGGCCUUGUUAUCAUUGUGGCACUAAUAGCACUCCACUAUGGAGAAAUGGGCCACCUGAGAAGCCAGUGUUAUGCAAUGCCUGUGGAUCAAUGUACAGGAUUAGAGGAAGUCUUGCAAACUAUACACCUAAGCAUGCCCAAGGACAACCAACUGCUAAAAGGGUAAGAAUUAAAUCCAAGUCGGCUCCAAAGAAAUGCAAAUUGAUAAGUACUGAAGAAAACUUCUCCAUUGACGUUUGCCAUUCUCCUGCUUCUGAUGAUUUUACAACCAAUAAAUCUAGCUCAGAAUCUGCAAUAUCAUGUUCUCAGAGCUGCUACAAUGUAAAAGAAGAAGAGAAUGGAGGUGAAAGUCCAGGUGGAUUAAUCCAGGGAAGCUUGUGGAAGUCUGGUAUACCUUCAAGAAAGAGGUCUGUAAAUGUUCAACGCUGUCUUACACCCAUUGAAAGACUUCAAAGGGAGCUUUGCAAUAUUUUGAAGAAUGAUCCUUCCAUCUUGUCUGAAAAUGAAGAGGAUGAUCUUCUCAUUUAUAAUGCAAACAACCUGCAAGUAUCCUGCAAUGAAAUUGGCCUUGGAGGCUUUCUUCUCAAACCCAAUACCACCACCACUACCAUUACUACUACCACAGAAGUUCCACCAGCUGAGCCUGAGAAACACUCCUCAGCAGUAGAUAUCAAGGAUUCUGCUUUAAUUGAGUCCCAAAGUAGAUCCUCAUCAUCCAUGGGUGGGUUUCAAGAAAAUUGAACCAGUUGCAGAUGGCUAGCUUCAAGGGCAACUGGGCAAGAGCAGGUGGAACCAUAUUAAAAAACUGUAGUCACAUUUUUAUUUUUUCAUUUUUGCCAUCCAUUGAAAUCUCAAAAAUGUACUUCUUUACAUUAAUUUGAUGUAUUUAUUUUUAACAGUUUGCAGUAAAACUAAAUUUGACUGAUAAAUUAUAAGAUUAAUUUUAUUA